CGGGGACAAGUAGGUCUAAGCUCCGGAAGCGGCAGCUGUCUGCUCCUUUAACGUGUCGCGGGGAGUGGGACGCGUCGCAAAAAGUCGCGGUGGAACUUCCCUACGAUCUACAGACCUGGCACUUUACGGUGCCAAUCCCUGCUGAGCUGGGAGAUGUCGGUUGCGGGCCGCGCCGAGUCCUUGGGUCCUCCCGACAGCUUUGCGAAGCGGGUCCUGGUGACCGGGGGUGCUGGUUUCAUAGCAUCACAUAUGAUUGUCUCUUUAGUAGAAGAUUAUCCAAAUUAUAUGAUCAUAAAUCUAGACAAGUUGGAUUACUGUGCAAGCUUGAAGAAUCUUGAAACCAUUUCUAAUAAACAAAAUUAUAAAUUUAUACAGGGUGACAUAUGUGAUUCUCACUUCGUGAAACUACUUUUUGAAACAGAGAAAAUAGACAUAGUACUACAUUUUGCCGCACAAACACAUGUAGACCUUUCAUUUGUCCGUGCCUUUGAGUUUACCUAUGUUAAUGUUUACGGUACUCAUGUGUUGGUAAGUGCUGCUCAUGAAGCCAGAGUGGAGAAAUUUAUUUACGUCAGCACAGAUGAGGUCUAUGGAGGCAGUCUUGAUAAGGAAUUUGAUGAAUCUUCACCCAAACAACCUACAAAUCCUUAUGCAUCAUCUAAAGCAGCUGCUGAGUGUUUUGUACAGUCUUAUUGGGAACAGUAUAAGUUUCCAGUUGUCAUCACACGAAGCAGUAAUGUUUAUGGACCGCAUCAAUAUCCAGAAAAGGUUAUUCCAAAAUUUAUAUCUUUACUACAACACAACAGGAAAUGCUGCAUUCAUGGGUCAGGGCUUCAAACAAGAAAUUUCCUUUAUGCUACUGAUGUAGUAGAAGCAUUUCUCACUGUCCUCAAAAAGGGAAAACCAGGUGAAAUUUAUAACAUUGGAACCAAUUUUGAAAUGUCAGUUCUCCAGCUUGCCAAAGAACUAAUACAGCUGAUCAAAGAGACCAAUUCAGAGUCUGAAAUGGAAAACUGGGUUGAUUAUGUUGAUGAUAGACCUACCAAUGACAUGAGAUAUCCAAUGAAGUCAGAAAAAAUACAUGGCUUGGGAUGGAGACCUAAAGUACCUUGGAAAGAAGGAAUAAAAAAAACAAUUGAGUGGUACAGAGAGAAUUUUCACAACUGGAAGAAUGCAGAAAAAGCAUUAGAACCCUUUCCGGUACAACCACCGUUUGUAUAGCCGGGACAGUUUUCAGAGAAAGAAGAAAAUUAUCCUACCUACCUCGACAAGUGAUAUGAAAUCAAGUGACCAAAUGAAGCAUCUUCUUUUUCAUUUGGAAUUAGAUUAUGAUUUUGUGUAUAAAAUUCAAAUGUAAAAUGCCUCAAUCUUUAGAAGAGGUUCAGUAUCAGCAUAGGAUUUAAAUAAUCAUAAUUCUCUCAGAAACAUUUUAUCCUGAAAAUUAGGAACCAGUAUGCAUAGAAAGACUCCUUGGUAGAUGUGGGUCGGGAAGGAUGAAUCUCCUGUUUCUGAGAACAAGGACAGGUAGCUCUGGGCAGAUGACAGCCUUCGCUGACAUUGGACUCUCCAGCUUUUCCCACUGCCUAGAAAGUCUCUAAAGUCUUUUAGGCAAUAUAGGAUGAACUUUGUGCCCUAAUUUAUCUUUUUAAGGUCAGAUGUUGUGCUACAAUUGCUUUAAAAAUGGAACAAAUGGAAGUAUAUCUAGCACUUUUUAACUUUUGAUAAUUUUUAUAAAAUUAAGUUAUAAAAGAGGUAGUUUUUAUAUUUUCAAAAUCGAUCAUGGAAUUAUAUGUCAUCUUGUAUCAGAGAAAUUUUACCAUGUAUUAACUGUUUAAAAUGAUUUUAUUUAUAAAAUUAUCAAUAUUUUCAUGUA